ACAUUUGUUCCUCUUCAAUGGAAAAACUGAAACAAUUAAAUUGGUUGCUAAGUAUAAAGGAAUGCAAAAGUCCCUGACUUUAAUUGUGAUGAAUCUUCUGUUUUCAAAUAAUAGAAUAUAAAAUAUAAGCACAUUUUAUGCAGGUGACUAAUGUGUGUGUCCACUUUAUCAUUAAAAAAAAUACAUGAAAAACCCAAAUUUGGUGUGACUAUAGUGAGCUUGAGAGGAGCUACUAAGGAAGAAGGCAUGAUGCUGAAAGCUAGUCUACCUUCACAAAACACAUUCGUUGGACACACGGAAGUCAAUGGAAAUUCCUGUGGCUACAUAGUCUUUGAAGAAAAUACAGAGGUUGGAGAUGAAUCUUGGAGUCCCACAAAGUCAUCCGAAAUUGAAAAUCAAGAUACUGUGCUCGUACAAAGAGCUUAUGAAGGACUUAUACUUGGUCAACCACAGGAGACAGAAAGUAAACACCCCCAAGAGACAGUCCAAAGGAACAUAAUGGAAGAAACAGCAGAACAUAAAGAUGAGCUACCUUACAUGGUAAAAGAUGUGCACAUUAUUGAAACCUCAAAUAUAAACAGACCAUUAGAUGAAGUUACCACUGGGUCACUUAAAGACUCUGUGGAUUUGGACCCAUGUCCUGACAAAACUGAAACAGUUGAUCACAACUUGGAAAGAAAACAUGUGACAAAUAUAAGGUCACCCCCUACUCUUCACCAGACAAGGAAAUCAUAUAUCACCAGAAGUGUCAGUCUCACAGAAAAAGAGCUUAAGGAUGCACAGUCUAUUAGUUAUAAUAAUGAUUCCCAGCUGAGUCCUGCUCAAAGUGGCUGCUCAAAGGGUGCUUUGCUAUUUCAUCGGAGACGCCAGAGGAUUAAAGCACUUGAAAAAUAUAUUCCAGUAGGAAAUUCUGAGACACAAAAAAUCCAGGAGCCUCAAGAAAACAAAGUUCAACAUGGUCUAAAGUUCUUGGAGACAGAGGCAACAGAGCCUUGUACUGGCUCUGGAUGCUCAACAACAAUCAAUAUGGAAGAAACAUCAUCAGAUAUUGUAUAUAGUGGAGAAAUAGAAAACACAUGGGGAGAUGACUUGCAGGGAGUAGAGUUCCCAUCAAUAGACAAAAGAGCUCCUUCACCAAGUGCUUCAGAAUCAGACAAUCAGGAACCUCUAAGUGCAUAUCUGAAGGAAAACUUGGUGGUAACAAACACUAAUGGUUUGCAUAACCAGAUUAAUCACGAGACUGAGCCCAUUGUGAAAAAAGAACAGAAUGGCAUGGAGACGAGGCAAUACUGUGAAGUGCACCUCACUCUGUCCAAACCUAAAUCUGUGGCUAACAGAACAGCUAAGCCCUUUGGAAACCAAUUAUCGGCUAAGAAAAAUCUAUGUUCUUCAGAAAAAAGUGCUGUUAUAGACCUCCCUCCACCACCAACUUAUGCUGAAACAUUAUCAAGUCCUCCUCCAGUCACACGCAUUCGAUCUCCACCAGCCUAUUCUGCUUUAUAUCCAACAGAAGCACAACAUAUAACCCCUGUGGUACAAGUAGCAAGCCAUGGAAAGGAUAGGGUGACACCACAGCCAAAAUCAGGCAUCUUGGAAUCAAUAGGAUCACAACGUGGAACUAAAAAAUCCAUGUUCACAUUUAUUGAAAAACCAAAGAUGGCACCAAACCCUGAUCUGCUGUCCAUGGUGCAAACUGCAGAUGAAAAGCGGAAGCAGAAAGACCAGGGGGAAGUGCCUACUGAGGAAGAGCCAUUUGCACUUGGGGCAGAAGCCUCCAAUUUCCAAAACAAGACAACCAAAGCAGGAGACAAUGUUAAUAAAGAUACUGUUCCAGACUGGGCUACUUGUCUGAAGUCCCCAGGUUCCAGAGGGAAGCCACCACCUGCCCCAGUACAAACAUUGACUGAAGAUAAGGGGAAAGGAGCCGAACUGUUUGCAAGGAGGCAGACCAGGAUGGAAAAAUUUGUGGUAGAGUCAUCACAUAAUAAUUCCAUCAGAUCUCCUUCUCCCACUAUGUCAUUACCUCCAUCUUGGAAGUUUUCCCCAAAUGAACAAGCAUCUUCUUUAUCAUUUGUCCACCAAGUCAAAAUUAACCAAAGAUCACCUAAACCUCCUGUGGUCACUUCAGUGGCCAAUCCUGCAUUAGAGAGUGAUAAGUCACGAAAAGAGCUGGAGAUUUCCAAAAGGCAGCCUUAUCAACUUAAGUCUUCCCUGUUCAUUCUUUCCCCAAACAAAGACCCAGUGAGUUCUCUACCAAGGGCUGCACCUCCACCCAAACCUAUGGUGUUAGAGUCUCAACGCUUUACAAGACAAUCAUCUUGCCCACCCUCCCCUAUAGUACCCUCUCCUGCAACAAACUCUCCAACAUACUUUCGUUCAGUGCAAUCCCCUUCUACUGCCAUGUCCCCAACUGUUAGUGACAGUCCUAUUGGUUAUGGAAGGAGGACACCAACCAACCAUAUAUCUCCAAUGUCUCCAGUACCUUUUUCAAACACUGGAGUGGUAUCUCCACGAACCAAAGCUGUGAUACAAGCUCCACGUCCAUUAUUCUCUGCAAGAAAUGCCGGUCUGGAGUCACAGAAAAGUAGGGACUCUACAUCACCACAUAAACCUUUGCAACACCAAACAUCAAUAGAUGGAUGGGAAAGCCCCUCAUCAUAUCUGCCAGGCUAUAGAGAAGGAACCGGAAUACAGAGUCCUCCACCUCCCAGACCAAUGUCCCCUGCAUGGAGUGAUCGAUCCCCCUCUCCUUUCAGAGUGGAGAGUGAUCUGAAGGCUGGGAAGCAGAUGAAAGCUCUAAUAGCUCGCAAUAUUAUUAAUGCAGCUAAGCGCAAGAGUAGCUCACCAUGGGGCCAGACAAGUCCUCAAUCACCUAUUUAUAAUAGUGGAACCUGGAGCCCAAGAAUGGGUAAUGGAAGCCCUCUUCCAGAAACACCAAGAGGUAGACGCUCUCCAACUGGCUCAGAUAUUUCAUUGGAGUCAGAAGAUUCUGGGGCCAAAUCUCCAGGUUUCCGGAGCUAUCCCCUCUCCCCUAGGGGAUGGUAUGGUAGCAUGAGGCUAAAAAGAGAUAGUCUGCCUGCAAAUCCAUCGUACACCUAAACCUUGUGGAAAAAUCUUGUUUACCAGGAUCUCUAGAGGAUCAUUACAAUAUGUCAGAAUGAGUCAACAUUGCUUAAUCUGCUAAUGCCCAAAUAACUGAUAUUUGGGAGGGGGUGGAGGGGGGUUUACGGCGCCAGAUCUGAAUUCAAAGAGACUCUGCUGAAGUUUGUAACUCAAAAGUUACUGAAGAUAUCUUUUUAUGGCAUAAUCAGUUAUUGAAUAGCACACUCCCUUGCAGACCAAUAGUGGUAUCUUUUCUAAACAUACUGCAAUCUGCUCACUUUAUAUUUCUCUAGCAAAUGUAUGGCAUAGAUAUUUAAUCACAUUUUUAAUACGUUUUGCUUUAAGUGAUAUGUUUAUUAUGCUUAAUUGAAAGACUAAAUCAUAAAGGUGAUUGUCUCCAUAAAAAGAUAAACCGAUGAAAAAUACAACUGCAUAAAAAAAGAAAAAAACCUGGAUUUGAAAGAUAACUUGUUGUCUCAACUAAUAAUGAACUUUUCUUCAACUUUAAGGUGGUCAGCUUGGUAAUCAAUAAUGAUAUGCCUCUUUGCCCUGAGUAGCUGGGCAGAAACUCUUGAAAGGACCAGUGAUACUGAUCAGACAUUCUUUUCACCUCAUUCCACUGAUCUGACCUGUUCUAAACUGAUAAGAGUAGUUGGCACCUUCUGUGCUGGAAUUCAGAAGGUGAUUAGAUGCAGAUUUGAAUUGUAGAUCUUUACACCAUGUGAGGAUAUCUGGGACUCAUUUACAGAUGUGAUUGCACUGACAAAAACCUUUCAGUAUUCUAUGCAAGGCUUUGAUGCUGCACAUUUAUAAAUGCACUAUCGUACAUGCUUCAGAUUUCUACUGCAGGGAUAUGUGUACAGAGCUUUGUCACACAGAAAUGCUAAAUUGUAUAUACACACUCGCCAUAUCAGAUAGCAUGGGAAGAAGGAAACAUUUGGGCUAUUAUUAAAAGACUUGGAGGCGCGUUAUAUUGUGGCCUUAUAAAUAGGGAUGGGCAAAUGUUUUGUAAAAUUUGAAAAAUGAAACUAAUUUUAAACAGUUUUAACAAAUUUUAAAUUUCAAAUUCGUUUUGCAUGUUUGUACAACAUUCUAACAUUCGUUUAAUGUAAUAGUAUUUUGAAUGCUUUCUUUAAAUGUAAUAUUUGAUAAAAAAAAUUCUAAUAAUUCAAUUCGAAUUAUGCAAUAUUCAAAUUCGAAAAAUUCAAAUCUAAAUAUUUGUAAUUGCAUUUCCAAUGCUCUCUUUAAAUGUAAUAUUCAAAUUAUGUAAUAUUCUAAUUGAAAUAUUCUAAUUGAAACAUUCAAAUUGA